AUGGCCCCCAUGAUCCCAAUUCGAGCGGAGGAGACUCUCAAAACCAUCGAGGAUGUUCUCGAGCGACGGAGGGACACCAGCCGGAUAUUGAAGGAGAAGGAGAAGCAGAUGCUCAGCGGGGAAGACUAUCAACGUAUGGAGGUUGAUCUGAACAAGAAGCAGUUCUUACAGCCGCUGGACUCCGAUAAUACCAAGGCCAACGUCUACUACAUCCGGCAGAAAUUUAUCAGAUACUGUGACCAUCGUCGUCUGGGGCAUUGGCGUACAGCCAUCCUCGGGCAGAAUUGUAACAAGGGAAGGAUGAUGUCGUUCCUCCACUGGAUCUGCGAGACGUAUCUGGCAAAGAAGCGGAAGAAGGGGAAGAGAAAGUCGGUCAACCAGUACUGGCGGGAUUUCAAGAUGCUCUAUCGCCGAAUCAAUGGCGCCUUUGUGGAUGCGAACGAUUCAAACGAGGUCGUCAAGGUAUGUAGCCCUCUUCCUACGGUGCUCUUCUAUCGCAUGCUGAUCCUCCGCGCGAAGUACAUCAACGGCACACUGAAGGUCAGGUUUGAACUGGACACUACGUCCAAAUCCAAGCCCGUGGCUGGACCAGACGACCUGCUUCUCUUGCUCGUCCAGCACUGGGCUCGGGAUGAGCACGUCUUUCCCACCGAGGACGACCGACACGACGUCGCCACGAUCCUGCUAUUCCAGUCCUAUACGGGCGGUCGACCCGCCGAGUUCGUCCACUCCUCGAAGGGCAAAGCCAGCGAAGACCCUCUUGGGGAAGCAGAAGAGACGAUCGAGCAUAGACGGCCUCGAGAGGAAGGAGAUACACAUGACGCCAAGGGUGCCGACGCUGACGAUGGCCUGGAGUACGACGAUGACAGCGAUGCUGCUGGUGGUGGUCCUGAGUACGACGACGACAUCCUCUUCGACUCUGACGACGACGAGACUGCCGACGAGGAUGGCCUCUCCGACGAAGGCACGGACGAGAGCGCCGGCCGCGACAGCGGCUACAGCAGCGACGGGACCGAUGUCGCUAUGACGCAGGACACCGACGACUGCUGCCCGGUCAAGGUCGACGGCGCUGGACGGUCGGUGCGGCAGAACCGCGAUGCGGGCGAGGCGGUGCGGAGGUGCAAAGCGCUCUGUUACGAGGACAUCUGCCUCUGGAUCGUCAAGAACCCGAAGAAGGGGGAGCGGGACCUUCUAGCGAUGGAGGUCCACUUGCGGCACCACAAAGGGGUGGAUAACAAGCCCAAACCCACGACGUUCCUGUUCCGGGAGAACCCCCUCCCCAUCCUCUGUCCGAUCUCCCACAUCUUGACUCGCGCGAUCCGCGACGACGCGAUCUUCGUCGACGGCUACACGUCCGCCGAGCCCUUCUUCGCGACAAACCUGGGGGGUCAGAGGAUGCGGGCGAUGAAGGUGCACUGGAAGCCGGAAUGGCUUACGCGGCCAGUCUUCCGCAGGUCUGUCCGGACCGUGACUUGGGUGAAGUCGCAGACGGAGCCCAUGACCUACGCGACCUACUGUUCCUACAUCGACCGCCUGGGGAAGGACACGGGCUUCGAAGACAAGCUCACCACCUAUUGCUUCCGCCGAGGCACGGCAAACGCGAUCGACGGUGUCGCAUCGGAUGCGGUACGCGACCAAGUCAUGAGGCACGAUCCCUUUACCGGAGUCUUUAACGGUGCGUACAUCAAUCACACGGUCCGGUUCAAUGUGCAAGACGCCUUCCUCGAGAGUGAUAUCUCCGAUGAUGGGCUCACCCGGGCCUUCACGCACAUGAGUAUUCGCUGCAACCCGGGCGCUCCAAAAGAGGUCCCCAACGGGGUAAUGGAGCGCCUCUUCGCAGCGGAUCCAGAGAUUGCAGACCUCGAGUGCCGAUUCAAGGCCUUGGCUACCGAGAUCAAGUGGGAUUACAAGUUCAUCAAGCGGGCGCCGAAGGAGAAGCGAAAAGAGUACGAAGACCUUCGCAAGCAGCUUACGAAUGCGAAGAAGAGCUUGAGAACCGAGAUCGAAGAGGCAUACCGGAAGGAUUACUUCUUUCAGAUCCAUAAUGAAAUGAUGAAGCGGCAACUGCAGAGGCACCUGGACAAGACCGCGGUCGAAGAGGAUCCUGAGGAUGCAAAGGAUGUCGAGCCAAUUAUUGAACAUCAGCUCGAAGAGCGGACCCGGCUACAGGAGGUUCUUUGCGAUCUCUCCAAAGACCUGAGCCCUCAAGCCAUCGUCGCCCGAAAGGUCACUGCCAUCAACCUCAUGAUCGCGCUCGCCUCUCGACAAGAGUUUCAGACUCGCAAGCCGCGGUCGGCUCCCGCCUCCAAGGAUCUGGUCAAAAGAGGAUCUCCCGCUGCCGCUCCCGCUCCCGCUCCCUUCCCACCGCCUGAUGAAUUUCCCGUCGUCUGCAAGAAGACCCAAUGUAUCAUUUGCAUCGGAAACGAGCGGCUUCCAUACAAGCAACGAAUGCGCACCUUUAACCGUGUUUCGCACAUGUGGGACCAUGUUGAGGAUGUUCAUUUACGCCACGCACCGGCAGAGCAGCGGAUCAUUUGCGACCAUCCUGUGUGCAAGGCUGAGGGGUUGGUGCUCAAUAACGUAAUGCAUUUCAAGAAUCACGUGGCCACGGUCCACAAGAUCGACCUCCGACCCAAAGUUUUCCCUUAUUGA